GGUGCACCGCUCUUCUCGAGUUGACAAUUACAUACAUCUUUAUAUCAAUCAAAUCGCUUCUGGUAUCCUUACUAUUAUAAGAUUUCACCAGAAGGUGCAGCAUAUGACACCGGGAGGGACACACGAUGCAGAGGACAGCUGCCUAAAAAACCCAGACGUCUUUACAUCUAGUGUAAACGAUUGUUCUCAAAAUAAAAUUUUCGAAAAAUCUGGGGUAAACUCGAUUUUACCUAAAUCGGAGGGUUUAGACAACAACAACAACAACGCAGAAAGUGCUAUCACUUUCAAUGCGAAUCUUGAAAAGGGUGUUAUUCAGAAUGGGUCCGAACAACCAUCUGAUGGAAAUUCAAUUUCUGAUGAUGAAAAGGAUAACUUUCCUGACGGCGGUUUGAAAGCUUGGUCUGUGGUUGUGGGAUCGUUCUGUGGCUCAUUUGCGGUCUUUGGAAUUCUCAAUUGCAGUGGUAUCUUGCUCGACUACUUCUCCACUCAUCAAUUGCAGGGCUAUGCCACUGGCGAUGUUGGAUGGAUCUUUGGAGUAUCACUCUUCUUGACCUUCUUGGGUGGUACACCAGUCGGUCCAAUAUUCGAUGCAUAUGGCCCCAGAGUCUUGAUCUUCUGUGGAAGUAUCUUGUUGAUCUUGUCCAUGAUGCUACUUGGAUUAUGCAGUGAAUAUUGGCAGAUUUUCAUAGUAUAUAGUGUUCUCAAUGGCAUUGGUGGAGCCAUGGUGAACACUCCAUGUAUCUCUUCAAUCGCUCAAUACUUUCAAGCAAAGAGAGCUUUUGCUACCGGUAUUGCAAUGACGGCUGGAAGUGUUGGUGGAGUUGUAAUUCCUCUCAUGCUACAGCGCCUCUUCCCCACAAUCGGAUUUGCAUGGGCAACACGGAUAUUGGGAUUCAUCCUUCUUGUGCUCCUCAUAUUAACAAACCUCCUCGUUACUAGUCGUCUUCCCAAAAAGCCGCUUCCUAGCAUGAAGAGCAUCCUUCCGUAUUGGCCUGCGUUUAAGGAGCCGUCUUUCGUCUUCCUUACCAUAGCGAUCUUCCUCCUCGAAUGGGGCAUUUUUGUCCCUCUGACAUAUAUCACACCCUAUGUUAUCGCAAAUGGCCAAUCAACGUCAUUUGGGUUCUACAUCGUUUCCAUUCUUAACGCCGGUUCAUUCGUCGGCCGAUUGGGAGCAGGCUAUGUGGCCGAUCGUCUUGGUUAUGUGAAUACGCUCAUUAUCUCCGUCGCUUUCUGCGUAGUAACAUGUCUAGCGCUGUGGCUACCAGCUGGUGACUCCCAAGCUGUAGCCCUUGUUUUCUCUGUACUAUUUGGACUUGUGAGCGGUAGCAAUCUUAGUCUGAGUCCAGUAUGCGUUGGUCAGCUGUGUGGGGUUGAAAAAUUCGGCACUUACUAUUCUACAUGUUGGAUGAUAGUUUCAUUUGGCACCUUGACUGGGUUGCCUAUCGCUGGGCAGAUCCUGACGGCUAGUGGAGGUGACUAUACAUGGUUGAUUGUUUUUGCCGGACUCUCCUAUGCACUAGCUGGCACCUUCCUCGUUGCUGCGAAAGUUGCAAAGCUCGGAUGGUCAAUUACUACGAAAUACUGAUGAGAGACUGAAUGAUUUAUGAUGCAGAUGACUGCCCACCUCGCAUUUUCCUCUCUAGGAGUUCACAGCUACCUAGUAAAUAUCUUCUAUCUCAGUGGAAAAUUGUACCGGACAAACGACCUCGUUUAGCUCCUAGUGCGAUAAUGUCGACAAUUCUAUUUCUUGACGCUCAUUCCAUACAAAUUUGCACACGUUUGUUUUUCUUACAAAACUGAAAAGGAGGUCGGAUGAAACAAUAGGGGGAGCCCAGAAUGUCAGGGUAGAAAUACUAAAUAGGGAGGAGUAUUUAGCGAGUCUUUUGUGGUACCUAGAUACCAGUUAUCCAAUGGAUCUACUUUACUUUCUCUUCACACAUAUCUUAAUAAAUAUGCGGAUACAUACAUACAUAGCAAUAUUACACACUCAUUUAUAUCCCCAUCUCUGUUUUAAUCGUGCAGCAAUAAGCUUCGCUUCUCA